AUGGUUGAGGAUGGAGACGAUGAUGCAGAAAGCAACGAGACCGAUGAUGGCUCCAAAAAAGACUCGACAGAAGAUAAAGCUGUCUCAGUGGACGAUGAUAUACGUGCUUGGAGUGUGGUAGAGGUGCUACGACCGCUUUAUGAAUCUUCAAAACUAGUGGCACAGAAUAUGACAAUUACAGCAUUGCAGUAUAUUAGGCAAAUAGCCCAAGAGACAAAUGGGGAGGUGGUAUAUGGUCUUGGCAGACAACCAGCUGUUCUACAUGUUGCAGUUGUUGUUAAUUCAUUCAAGAACUUGAGCAUUGAUACAAAUACAGUUUUCUUCAUUGGAGGUAUUCUCAGUGUGAAGGCUUCUAUGCUACUCCAGGCUGAUCCAAAAACAGACGAAGUAUAUGCCCUAGAUGAUAAUCCAUCCAAUUCCUUUGGACUUCACUGUACAACCACUUGCCCAAGAGCUUGUGGCGAAAGAUUUGCAUGA